ACUCCGAGGUGGUUUCCUUGCCCUUCCAUGCAAAGCCUCUGCGUUGUGCGCCUGCGUACUUGAGGAAGCGCCUAGCUCGAGGAGGGGGGGUCUCUUUUUCGGGCUUAUUACGAGAAUCCUGAUGGCUCUCUUGAAAAAGUCCCUGGGGUUAUUCCUACCCCAAAUAAGCAGAGCAUCAAAACAACGAAAUUUCAGUAUCACUGGAGUGUGCCAUGCGAUACAGAAGCUGACUCGUGUGCGUGUGGUAGAUAACAGCGCCUUGGGAAACACACCGUAUCAUCGGCCCCCCAAAUGCAUCCACGUGUACAACAAAAACGGUAUGGGCAAAGUAGGCGACAAAAUCCUCCUGGCUAUCAAAGGGGAAAAGAAAAAGGCCUUCAUCGUUGGCCACAAAAUGCCCGGCUCUCGCAUGACGCCCAGGUUUGAUUCAAACAAUGUGGUGCUCAUUGAAGAUAAUGGGAACCCCGUAGGGACAAGAAUUAAAACGCCAAUACCUUCUAUGUUGAGGAAGCGGCAAGAAUUCUCAAAAGUGUUGGCUAUUGCCCAGAACUUCGUCUGACAAGCAAUGGAACGUCGUGCAGCAUCCUGUCGUGUAGUGCUGUUUAUUCUACCAAGAACUGAGGAAGAAGAAUGAAAAAUAAAAAGGGGAAAUCUUUGUAUCUGCGUAUAAUUGGAUGCCUCUUACUAUAACUUCUUUUCCAAGGACAAGUUGCUCUUUUUGUGACAAGUUAUUCUGACUGUAUAAUUAAAGCUCAGAGUGUUAAUCUGC